GGGAGAAAAUAGACAAAACCAUCGAACAGUGAACAUCUCUCCAAUCAGUGUAAACCUGUGCUGUGCUAGAAAAUAAAGACAAUAGUUGUGUUACGACUUAGCUAUUUUAUUUCAUAAACUAACCCUUAAAUUUACGUGACAUAGACAACGUGUUAAUGAAGACAAUUCAUAAUUACAAUCUGUAAUAAAUAUGGUAAUUUAGUGAAUAAUAAAUUGAUGUGAAUAAAUGAAGUUCUUCAAAAAAUAUUAAAUAGCAUUUCCUUUCAUAGUCAACAUUUUUGACAAAAAUAUUAUGAUUUUCAUAAUAUGAUUUUAUUAACCAAAAGAUAUCGCUUAGUAGUAUAAUACAUAUAUAAAUGUAUUUUGUGUCUACAUACAUAAAAAUUCUAGGUUAGGAUUAGUCGAAGCACUGUCAAAGAAGUAUUGACGAAAAAAAUUAGAAGAUGUUAAUUUCUAAAUCAUAGCUUCAACCAAACAUUAUAAAUAAAUUUACAACAUAUUUAAUUAAAAAUAAAGAGCAUUUACGGUGUAAAUCUAAUAUUUCAUAAAAAUGGAUAUCAGAGAAAGUACAGGAUUUUACGAUUUAUGUGUGAAUGUACCAGGGUAUCAAACACAAAAUCUAUAUCCUAUUUUAUCAAAAUUAUGUGAAUAUGGAUUCAAAACAGUGGCAAUAAAUACUAAUGUGGAUGAAAGUGUACUUGGAACAGAGAAAAAGAGGAAAAAAAAGGGUGGUGAUAGUGAAACAUCACAGGGUAUCGUUCUUGAAACAAUCGACAUUGGAAGUAUAAGAAAAGAAUUUGACGGAAGAUUAAGAAUUUUUAGUCGAAUUACUUUCUUUUGUUCUGAUUUUGCAAAAACGCAUAUAGUGAAUCAUUGUUCCAGUUUAAAAAAAUUCGAUCUAUAUGCUUUUGCUCCAAAAACACAAAGUGCUUUACAAUUUGCAUGUACUCAAUUAAAUGCGGAUAUAAUUACAUUAAGGUCGAAUGCUACAUCGUUUAAACUUAAUAAAAAGCUGUAUGAUCAAGCAAUUGAAAGAGGAAUACAUUUUGAAAUACAAUAUGUAGAUCUAUUAAAUGUUGAAUCCAGAAAAAAUACUAUCCAUUAUUCUCAUCUCUUUCAUACAUACGGAAAGAGUAAGAAUGUAAUAUUAUCCAGUGGUGUCAGUGAUAUCAAGACAAUAAGAAAUCCUUAUGAUCUUAUAAAUUUGGCAUGUUUAUUGGGUUUGAAUGAAGUUCAAGCAAAAGCUUCGAUAUUACAUCAGUGUAAAAGACUUCUGUUAAGAGCAGAAAGAAGACGUAGAGGAAAAGCUGCUUUUAUUAUUGAAGAUUGUACAGAAAGAACAAGUAUCGCUGACGGAGACUCAAAAUUUCUAAAAAAAUUGAAAGUAUAAGUUGAAUUAUAAUAGAUGUCUUUUAUUAUUUUUUUAAAUGGUCAAUCGAAAAUAUGAUAAAAGGGUAAAUAUUACUUUUUACUUUAAAUUUACUUACAUUGAAAUAAUAGAAUUCUUAUAAUAUAUAGGAUAUAGAUAUAAUAGAAAUUAACAAUGAUAAAAAUUUGAUUUUUAUAAACAUGUUAAAUAAAGUAUUUUUGAAUAUAAAA